AUGUCUCAACCAGGCCGCCAAGACUUUUCGGACAAGGUCCACAACGCUGUCAAGCCAGACUCCCAGAAGACGUUCACCGAGCACAUCGGCGAUAUGGCCCAGGGAAAGGCCGACUCUGGCCUCAGCACCCUCCAGCCACAACAAGACAAGUCCAUGGGCCAGAAGGCUGGUGACGCCCUCAGCGGCCAACACAACCACAACCCCGGCGAGCGCUCCUUGAUGGACAAGGCGAAAGACGCAGUUGGUCUCGGAGACAAGACCUCGACCAACCACUAA